AUGGAAAAUCUGCAUGCAUUUCUGCUGGUCUAUGUUCUGACAUGUCUGGGACAACUAGGAUAUGGAACUGACAUCAUACAUGGUAAAAAAGCGCCAGAUAAAUCAAUGUUGUACAUGGCUUCUGUACAGAGCAGCAAGGGUCAUGUAUGUGGAGGAUUUCUUGUCACUGAGGACUUUGUUGUAACCGCUGCACACUGUGACACUGUGAACAUCACACAUGUUGUUAUUGGCAACCACAAUCUCCAGCAGGGCAGUGAUAUAAAAAUAAUCGUCGAAAGGAAAUUCAAACCCAGCAAUUUUAAUGAUGUUUGGCUGGGUGAGGACAUCAUGCUCCUUAAACUGUCUAGGAAAGCUCAACUAGGCUGCAAAGUACAAAUAAUUCAACUUCCAUGUGCUGAAAUAACCUUGGAAGAAAAUCAAAUUUGUCAAGUGGCUGGAUGGGGAAAAACUAAAAAUGGUGGCUCAGUUGUCGAUGACCUGAGAGUGGUGAACGUGUCCGUCAUUAACCCAGAAGUCUGUAGGGAACAAUGGCCCGGUCUUCCUGUCAAUGUUAUCUGUGCAGGUGGAUACGGCACAGACAAAGGAUUCUGUCAGGGUGAUUCUGGUGGUCCUCUGGUGUGCAACGGUUUAGCUGUUGGUAUUGUUUCUUUCAACAAAUAUCACAACUGUAACUACCCAGAUGUGCCCAAUGUCUAUACGGACAUCUCAAAAUAUCUUCAAUGGAUCAACAAAGUUCUGGCAACUACAAAACCUUCCUAA